UUAUCUGCUGCAGCGAAUUACAAAGUCGCAUAACGUCGUGCUUAGCAGUACGUGCGGUAGUGCGCGCGGUGGACAGUACGUUUUGCAAGUAACGCCAAUUGGCGCUAUUGUAAUUACUUGAGAAAUGGACACUAGCCGAGAUAAAAAUUCCGAUAACGAGUUUAAUUUAAAGUGCGUGAGUGCGAGCGAUGUGGAAGCGACGGAUUUCGAUGUGGCUUGCGCGCAUAAAAUGGAAGCUUGUCGUAACAGUAACCACGUGACAAAUAUAAAAGGAGCGACGGAGUUUCUCGUGAAAUAUCGAGGCCGCAUUUACGAUGUAAUUAAUUUUUUGGAUUAUCAUCCUGGCGGCAAAAACAUGCUCGUGCGUCAUAAGGAUCGAAUUUUAGACGAAGCGUUAGUGAAACAUCCGCAUUCCAAGUCCGCUUACUACCUUCUCGAAGAGUUCGCAGUGCAUCGCCAAGAAAGAUAUAACGAAUGCGAAAAUCUGAUAAACUGGGACGCGCCGAUUUUAUGGCAAGUGAGCCUCAUGGGCCACCGUUACUGGGAAUGGGUAAACUUGCCGGUAAACCGACCUAUUCGAUUUUUUCAAUCGGACAUUUUAGAAAUAUUAUCGAUCACGCCGUGGUACUUAGUGCCGGUCGUCUGGGUUCCUCUGGCUAUAUAUUUCUUUUACACGGGAUGUGUUCUGAAUAUUUCAACAAACCUCGUCGUUUCAUCGCAGAAGAUCCUACUGUCGUUCACUCUGGGGAUUCUUAUAUGGACCCUCAUGGAAUAUUUCGUGCACCGAAAAAUAUUCCAUCUUAAACCACCGCAUAAUUCGAGACUAUUAAUUACUCUGCACUUCUUGUUUCACGGAAACCAUCAUAAGGCACCGCUGGAUGGACGGAGAUUAGUGUUUCCGCCGAUAUUUAGCGUCGCUAUGGCGGGAGUACUUUGGCAAAUUUACAAGGUCGUGUUUCCUCUAACGAUGGUCCAUCUCAUCGCGGCUGGUACUAUAAUAGGCUACUUAUGCUAUGAUUUGACGCAUUAUUACUUGCACAAUGGAGCUCCAAAAGUUGACUCAUAUUUAUACACGAUGAAAAGAAGACACAACUAUCACCACUUUGUGUAUCAUAAUCAAGGAUUUGGCGUUACUAGUGAAUUGUGGGAUCAAUUACUCAAAACAGAUCUGACUUUGCGAAAAUUGGAAAAACCUUUAGAAUGGUGAAAUAAAAUGUAUAUUAACAUUCUUGUAUUAAUUAAUAUUUAUUUUAUAACAUUCCUCUCUUAUUUUGUGAAAAAAAUUCGUCAAUGUUAUAAUCACAACUGUAAUUAUGAUAAGUAUACUAAACACAUUGUAACAAUAAAUACAUAAUAUUUUA